AUGGCAACCGCAACUUCCAGCCCGCGCGUCCAGGGACGUUCUCCUCCCCCAGAGGCGCUCCCAUCCAUCACUGAGAAUGGGAAAGAUAUCAAUGGAAAAGAAAAUCGCAAGUCUUCAUUAAACUUCCUCCGCCGCUCCAAAUCCACUGAGCCCCUGGGAGACCGCAAAGCGUCUGGCGGUCGGAUGAACAAGAAGAUGCUCAAGGAACAAGCCAGAGAAGAAGAGCGCCGUCAGCGUGAGGCUGCGAUCUCAAGGCAUGCACCUCGUUUGCCUGACUUAUCACCAACGCCUCAACUUGAGACGUUUGGAGGAAAGGACAAAUCUGAGGACGAGUCUGCCGUCUCAAGUAGAGUCGAUAGCCGAACUUCAUCUCUGCGCCAGGCUGGGCCAGUGCCCCCUCUUCCGGGCAGUCAAGGACGAGAGAGCUAUGACCCUUACGCGAGAGCAGAGAGCAUGACCCACCGUGGACGAUUCAGUUACGCUAGCAGUGCUGUGAGCUCUGUCAACAGCCCCAGAAGACUGCGGAGGCGUAAGGAUCCAACGCCGUACAACAUCCUUGUCAUUGGUGCUCGCAAUUCUGGAAAGACGUCUUUCCUCGAUUUCUUGCGCACUUCCUUGGCUCUUCCACCGAAUAAACACCCCACAAGGCAUCCCGAGGACGUGGAGCAGCCAAAUUUCAAGAACCCAGGAUUUACUUACCAUUACUUGGAAACUGAGAUCGAUGCUGAGCGCGUGGGACUCACUCUCUGGGACUCACAGGGCAUAGAGAAGAACAUGGUCGACCUGCAGCUGCGUGAGAUCACCCAUUUCAUUGAAAGCAAAUUUGAAGAGACUUUCGCAGAGGAAAUGAAAGUGAUUCGCUCACCCGGCGUACGCGACACUCACAUCCACUGCGUUUUCCUGAUCCUGGAUCCUUCACGUCUCGACCAAAAUAUUACUGCUGCAACGAGAACCGCCAACGGACUGAAUGGGAAACUAUCUGGACACUCUGGCGUGAUUGGUGCCUUGGACGAAGACCUAGACGUCCAGGUUCUCCGCACUCUGUUGGGUAAAACUACCGUUGUCCCUGUCAUCAGCAAAGCAGAUACCGUGACGACUGCCCAUAUGGCCUAUCUGAAAAAGGCUGUCUGGGACAGCUUGAAGAUGGCCAACAUCGACCCCUUGGAAGUCCUCACUCUUGAGGAGCAGGACGACUACUCCUCUUCGGCCAGCGCUGAUCGAUUUGACGAGAACGAAGAGGACGAGGAGAGCCAGGAGGAGAAGAACGCAGCUGAAGCUGUAAAAGAACCUUCGGAGGAUCAAGCUGCGGAGUCAGAGACUCAGCUUGAGGAUGAUGGGGACGUUAGCCCAGAUUCUCCUUCUAGACACAGCCAGAAGAGCCAGAGAAGUCACAGGAGUCAGAGAUCUUUGAGUUCCAAUUCUGAAACUCCUUCGAUUCCCCUCUCUAUCCUGUCUCCAGACCCUCACUCAAUGGACCCUACAAAGGGACCAGUGGGCCGCCAGUUCCCUUGGGGCUUUGCUGACCCAUACAAUCCGGAACACUGUGAUUUCGUCAAGCUUAAAGACGCCGUAUUCACCGAGUGGCGAUCCGAACUCCGUGAAGCGAGUCGUGAAAUAUGGUAUGAGGGAUGGCGGACGAACCGUCUCAACCGCAAGUCUGUGAACGGUGCCCCGGCUCCCGUGCGGAACGGGAACGGGUACAGCGGAAGACAGGGCCCUGGAUAUAGAGGUGGAAUUGCAUCGCGAUAA